AUGUCAGAUUUUGCAUUUAAUAAUUAUUGUAUCCAAUGUGAUCAAUUAUGUCCAACAAAUUCAGUAUAUUGUUCAGAAACUUGUAAAAAUCAAGAAAUACAAUCGUCAAUAUUAGAAUUAAAAAAACAAAAAGAAUCAAUAAGUUAUAAUCACAACCAUAGUAGCACAUCAACAUCAGAAUCAUCAACAAACAGUUCAACAGAAUUAGUAUCACCUUUAUUAACACCAGCUUUAUAUUUACAACAACAACAACAACUAUAUAAUAAUUCACAAUUAUCUAUCUCAUCUCCUUUGCUAUUAUCCCAAUCAAAUGAAGAUGAAGACUUUUCAUCAUCAAAUGAUUUAAAUUAUUUUGAUUUAAAUUAUUCAAUAAAUUCAAAUAUAAAUUAUACAACAAAUAAUGAUCAAACUUCAAAUAAAAAUUCAAAUGAAGAAUUAAUUAAUUCUACUUCUCAUAAUUAUAGAAAAUGGUUAACUGCUUUAUGA